AUCCCGGUGUGUCAGAGCCGAGCCGUGCGGUCCUCUGGGAAGAGCGCAGCUGAUGCAGCUCAUAGUCUACAAAAUUAAAUCAAGUUCACGCUUUGUCGACGAGCACAUUUCUGAGAUAUGAGUCAGCGUAACUCCGUUUCCAAGCUUGCCAGCUAGUGGUGUGUGAUCUGGAGGGAGAGGAAAGGACAGCAGAGACCAUGGAGCUGUCCGACGGCUUGUUGCUGCAGGUCAACAAUGGAGAACAGUGGUGUAACCGGUGGAAACAUCCCAAUGAGGACUCGGACCGCAGCACCAGCCCGUCAGUGCUCCGCUGUGUGGCCAGCACGUGGAAGGAGGGUCUGCUGAACAGAAAGAGGCCCUUUGUGGGCCGUUGCUGUCAUUCCUGUACACCACAGAGCUGGGAGAGACUGUUCAACCCCAGUAUUCCAUCUCUGGGACUGCGUAACGUCAUCUACAUCAAUGAGACGCACACGAGACAGCGAGGCUGGUUGGCACGCCGGCUGAGUUAUGUGCUGUUCGUCAUGGAGAGGGACGUCCACAAGGACAUGUUCGCCAGGAACGUGGUGGACAAUGUGCUCAACAACAGCAGGGUGGAGACUGCUAUUGUGAAGGUCGCCACAGAUUUGGACGCUGCAAGCAGCCAGCCUGGCCAGGAGCACAAAGCUGUCAGUAAAGUGAAGCAGAAAGCCAGGGCCUUCCUCCAAGAGAUGGUGGCCAACAUUUCACCAGCUUUUAUCAGGCUGACAGGGUGGGUGCUUCUGAGGCUAUUUAAUGGCUUCUUCUGGAGCAUCCAGAUCCACAAGGGACAGCUGGAAAUGGUCAAGAAAGCUGCUACAGAGCAAAAUGUGCCCAUGGUCUUCCUCCCUGUUCACAAAUCUCACAUCGACUACCUGCUCAUCACGUUGAUUCUGUUCUGUCACAACAUCAAAGCCCCACACAUCGCUGCUGGGAACAACCUGAGCAUCCCCAUCCUCAGCACCCUGAUCCGUAAACUUGGAGGAUUCUUCAUACGCCGGAAAAUGGAGGAGACCGGGGAUGGAAAGAAAGACGUUUUGUACAGAUCACUUUUACAUGCAUACACGGAGGAGCUGUUGCGGCAGCAGCAGUUUUUGGAGGUCUACCUGGAGGGUACCCGGUCACGCAGCGGUAAACCGUCUCCAGCACGUGCAGGCAUGCUGUCAAUCGUGGUUGACACACUGUGCACCGGGUCCAUCCCAGACGUGCUGGUGGUGCCAGUUGGCAUCUCAUACGACCGCAUUAUUGAAGGCAACUACAAUAGUGAACAGCUGGGUAAGCCCAAGAAGAACGAGAGUUUGUGGGGAAUAGCUUGUGGCGUGUUCAGGAUGCUGAGAAAGAACUACGGCUGUGUCCGUGUUGAUUUUAACCAGCCCUUCUCCCUGAAGGAGUACCUGGACAGCCAGAGAAGCCGCCAUAUUCCACCGCCGGUGUCCCUGGAACACAACUUGAUGCCCACCAUUAUUUCUGCACAGCCUGAUGCUCAGCUGUUUGAGGGCCAGGAGGAGGAGCAGAUGAACAGAGAGCUGCCCGAUGACAUAUUUAGACGGCAACUCAUCAACAAUCUGGCCAAGCACGUCCUCUUCACGGCUAAUAAGUCCUCGGCGAUCAUGUCCACCCACAUCGUGGCCUGUCUGCUGCUGUACAGACACAGACAGGGGGUGGUGCUGUCCAAGCUGGUGGAAGACUUCUUCAACAUGAAGGAGGAGAUCCUGUCCCGGGACUUUGACCUGGGCUUUUCGGGAAACUCCGAAGAUGUGGUCAUGCGAGCCCUCCACCUCCUGGGAAACUGCGUCAAUGUGACCAGCAGUGCUAAUCGCAACGGGGAGUUUACUGUCGCACCCAGCCAGACUGUUCAGGCGCUUUUUGAGCUCAACUUCUACAGCAACGGCCUUUUCCACGUCUUCAUUUCAGAUGCAGUCAUCGCCUGUAGCAUCCUGUCACUGCAGCGAGAGCUGGCCAUGGAAUCUGAGUCUGAUCAACAGCCUGGUGGUCUCGGUAGUCUCCUUCUCAGUCAGGAGAGACUGAUCCGCAAGGCUGCCAGUCUCUCCCACUUCCUUAUCAACGAGGUGGCGGUGGCGCCACCCUGUCAGACAAUUUACCAGGUUUUCCACGAUGCAGUGACCCGGUUGAUCCAGUAUGGAGUUCUCUAUGUGGCAGAGGAGGACCAGGAGGAACUGAGCCCGAGCCCCACAGAGGAACCUUGGCCCAAGAAGUUCUCUGAACCCCUCUCCUGGAGAAGCGAUGAAGAGGAUGAGGACAGUGACUUUGGCGAGGAGCAGAGGGAUCGCUAUCUAAAGGUGAGCGUUUCUGCAGAGCACCAGGAGUUCUUUGUCUUCCUUCAGCGACUGCUCAGCCCAGUGCUGGAGGCCUACAGUGGCGCCGCAAUCUUCGUCCACAGUCUGAGUCAACCCAUGGCGGAGUCCGACUACACGCAGAGGCUUUUCAGAUACCUGCUUACUCGCACAGAGCGAGGAGUGGCUGCUUACGGUGAAAGUGCUACUCAUUACCUGGUGAAGAACACAGUGAGGACAUUCAAGGAGCUCGGGGUCCUAAAGGAGAGAAGAGAGAACAAGGUGACUACUCUGGAGCUAAGCAGCACCUUUCUACCUCAGGCCAAUCGGAAUAAACUCCUGCAGUACAUCUUAGGUUUCACCCUGCUGUGACCAAGACACCCUCCAGCUCUGACCCCAGGCUCCUUCCAGCAAAGGGCUUCUACUGGUUACUUCUAAACAGUCCCAGGUGCUACUCUGUGGAAAGCUUUACCAGGAAGUGCCUUCAUGUAAAAGCCGCUAACUGUUAGCUGUUAGCCGGAAGAGACUUGAAGCCAGUCUUCCCUUUGAUUUUUCGUUCCAGUCUCUGACUCCCUUCUUAGAACUGUGCAGCUGAUUAAAACACAUGUAUUGUUCUUUGAAGACGUACCUCUAGGGAACACCCUUUCUUUGCCAGUAACAUCAAAAGGUUUUAAUAUGAUCAAAAUUUUAAUCUUUAAAAUAAUAUGCUCAAGCAGGUUAGGAAACGUUUCACUUUCACAGCAAUCCGAACAAAGCGAGCUGCCUUUUCAUCUAUACAAGCAAAGUAUGCAUCGUACAACAUAAGCGACACUCUUUCUGCUCGUUUGUAAAACUGCUGUAUUCUCCAGUGCACUCUAAUAUCAUUCAGUAGGAACAAUGUGAACAUGUAGUUUGAUGAAAGGCUUAUUUUUAAACAGAUUCCUGUACAUAGGUCACAAGGACAGCGUCUCUCCUUUCUAGUGCGUUUCUAUACGAGCACUCUGCUGUCAUCAAACUGAGACAUACAGUGUCCUUGCAAAAUGUGUACAUAUCCACAUUUUCAUAAGCAAAAUUCUCUGUGUGAAUCUAAUUGUGCGUAGAGUCAAGGUCAGUUAUUAUGUUGGGUUAAGACAUCGAAGCCGCUGGCAGCACAGCAACAGCUCAGACGUUUAAAAGUACCUGCUCAGCAAAUGCAAUUCGCACCCUGUUGGAAGUCUGGCCGAGCCGAGGCCACAAACUCACAUACAUCUACAGUGAAGUGCAUUCAAACCGCUGAUAUCGAAGUGCAUUCAGUUACACUUUUCAUCAUGAUGGAAAGUGACCUUGAUCUCUGUUUUUUCACUUUUCAAUGAAUGUUACAUAGCACAGCACUGACAACACUUCAUACCAGCCAUCACAUCCACUCACACUGAAAUGCAGCCAGCUCAGACACUCUUCAGUCAUGCCUUUCAGGGAAAGCAGAUGUUUGGGAUUACCACCUUUUUUUCUGUAUUAUAAACACACUGUAUAAAAGCCUUUCUAGCACUGCUGCUGAGGGAGCUCUUUGCUCCAAUAGCCGGGCAUUUAUUAGACAGAAGUACUGCAUAGCCUGGUCGAAAUAAACGGUACGUAUCCACUGUGUAAUCCACUUGAACAGCUCUCUCAAAGUUGGUUAUUCGUGAGAACAGGACAGUGUCAAAGAACUCCUGAAGAACAGAGGAAAACAUUUUUCUCCUUUACGACUGCUGUGAGCAUCUGAAAACAAAUAAUACAAUCAACUGCCA